AUGGCAUGUCGACUUCGGGGUAUUCAUUACGGAGCUAUGGGAUUACCGACGUUCCAUUCCUUCGGAUUCAUAGUGCAUGUAUUAAAUCCUGCUGUCAAUUCAUAUCCAGUCGCCCUACACACCCCGCAAGAUCCUCGUCCUCCGAUAAUCAGCGAUCCACAGAGCGUUUACCAGGCCGCGAAGCUGACUGGAUGCAAUGGAUUAUACUGCUUCCCGUCCUUUGCCGAGGUCUGGUCGCAGUCGCAGGAAGUUAUCGACUAUCUGAAGACGCUUAAGAUCCUAAUCUAUGCAGGUGGACCGCUGUCUCAUUCAACUGGGUCAAAGCUAUUUCAGGCGGGCAUCAAACUGUCUUGCGUAUACGGUGGAACCGAAUUUGGCACGCCCGUGAGGAUUUGGGAUGAGUCUCCCGGUUCACUGCACACGUCCGGGGUCGACCCGGCAUGGCAGUAUAUUCAGAUUCGCAAAACCAUUACCGUUAGAUGGGAACCGCAAAGCGACGGCACGUACGAGUUGGUUAUUCCUGAAACUCCCAAUCACGAGUUAGCCAUGUACAAUAUUCCCGGAGAGAAGGCGUACGCUACGUCUGACCUAUUCGAGCCGCAUCCCACACGAAAGGGUCUCUGGCACAUGCCGUGGGUGGAAAAGGCGAAUGCAGAGGCCCCUGCGUUUGCCAGAAUCUUCCAAGAGAUGAUCAUUAUUGCCAACCCAAAGAGGCCUCCCCCGCGCGCAGCAAAGGGCACCAUCAUCCGAAAGCAAGCAAUAUCCCUGUAUGACGAGGAAAUUCGACGUCUGUACGAUGCCAUCGUCACUGGUACGGGUAUGCAGGAUACAACACACCCCAGGACAUGGAAAGAAGAAGAUUUGGUGCCCUGGCUACUUGAGCAGGCGACUUCUACCAACGGUGGCAAGGUACCGGUGGCUGAAAGCAGCCUGUUGGAACAAGGCUUCGACAGCCUAAGUGCAACACUCCUACGUAACCGCAUUGUCGCCAGCAUGCGGUCGUCCGACAAUCCGCUAGCGAGUCAAGCCGGCUCAGGCGUUUCACCGAGUCUGAUCUUCCAGUAUCCCAUCAUCCGAGAGCUUGCAUCUUUCCUCUCAUCUUCUAUCUACUCAUCGUUGCCGCACAGUCGAGAUCUCAUCGCCUCUAGCGCAUCGGUGGACGAAGUUGGCGACCUGAUCUCCAUGCACUGCAGUGAAAUGCCGCGGAUCGCUCCCGCGGUACCUGUGACCGAAGGCGAGAGUGCAGUCGUCCUGCUGACCGGUGCGACAGGCAACAUAGGAUCUCAUAUUCUCGCCUCGCUACUUCGUGACGGCCGCACGCUCCGAGUCUAUGUAUUGCUUAGGUCUUCGACUCAUGGAAUCGAGCAUCUGCUGACCACGCUGUCCGAGCGGGGGCUUGCAGUCACGCCGCAGGAUGAGGCACGGCUCACGGUGCUCGUCGGCGACACUACCAAGGAGAACUGGGGCCUCGAUAAUUCAACCUAUGAGGAGAUCCUAACGUCUGUCACUCACAUUGUCCAUAACGCAUGGACCGUCGACUUCAACCUUCCCCUUCGGUCAUUUCACUCCCAUAUCGCCGGUGUCCGAGCGCUGGUGGAUAUCUGUGCAAAGUCUCGCAGAACGAUCAAGAUCAUCUUCACGUCGUCGAUCAGUGUCGCAAGCAAGUGGGAAGAAUCCAAGGGUGCGGUGCCUGAAAGUGUCAUAAAGGACCCGAAGGUCGCAGUCGCCACUGGUUACAGUGCCUCGAAAUAUGUGGCGGAGCAGAUCCUCAGCGCUGCAGCGACGAACGGCGUCCAGGUAACGACCGUCAGGAUGGGCCAAGCAUGUGGAUCCAUUACUACGGGAUCAUGGGGUACGACCGAAUGGUUUCCUAUCAUGGUGAAGUCGAGCGUUGCUCUCGAGAGUCUUCCGGAUAUGCCUGGAAGCGUUGAUUGGGUGCCGCUUGACGUUAUCGGACAGGUGUAUUCCGAUUGGGUAUAUUCGAAGGACCCACUCCCUCCCCUAGUGAACUUUGUUCAUCCGAAGAGAACACCGUGGACGGUCAUCUUGCAAGGUCUUGAGGAAGGGCUCGCCAGACCCAUUCCGCUUGUGACAUUGUCGAAGUGGGUGGAGCAAGUAGAGGCUCUCUCAGCGAGAGCGACUGCCCCGGAUGUGGAUCGCAUCCCUGCAAUCAAGCUCGUUGCAUUCUUUCGGGACAUGUCCUCUCGGCGCGAUUCCGGCUCUGAAAAGAGCGUGCUGUACGCGACUUCGCUACUUGAGAGCUCGAGCCCGGUAAUUCGCAAGCUCCCUCCACUGAGCCAAGCGCAUGCCGCGAUGUGGGUGAAGUACUGGAAGUCCAAGGAGUUCAUUCUGUCCUAA